GACAGGAAACAGUAUAAUUUUAUUUUCGGAAUCAUUUCAGUGAUAUUUUCCGUUGACCAGUGUAGCGUCAGAACAUUGUUGUAUUAGCAUGCUAGCUAAGUAGCCAGCCAUCUGCUAGUUAGCGAGCUCCAACAUGCUGUGACGCUACACAAACUAAAGAAAAUGAGGUAUCAAUAUACGCAGAAUCAGAUAUUCAUGCAACUGGGCUGUGUUUGUGUAUGCAGGGAAAUGGGCGGAGCACCUGAACCCCAUCUCAACGCCUCCCUUUGGCUCCUCCCCUGCACCAACGCCUCCUGUCCGUUUGGCGCCGCCCAGCUGGUCCUGAUUGCCACAGUAACCGCCUCCCUCAGCGCGGUCACCGUGGUGGGCAACACCCUUGUGAUCCUGUCCAUCAAGGUCAACCGCCACCUGCGCACCAUCAACAACUAUUUCCUGCUUAGUCUGGCGGUGGCCGACCUGGUGGUGGGCGUGCUCUCCAUGAACCUGCACGCGCUCUACCUGCUCCAGGGCUGCUGGCCCCUGGGGGCCGCCGCCUGCGACCUGUGGCUGGUCACCGACUACGCGGUGAGCAGCGCCUCUGUGAUGAACCUGCUGGUCAUCAGUCUGGACCGGUACUUCUGUAUGACACGGCCGCUCAGCUACCCGGCGUGGCGGACAGGCAGGACGGCUGGCCUGAUGAUUGCCGCUGCCUGGCUGCUGCCCCUCAUCCUCUGGGCGCCCGCUAUCCUGAGCUGGCAGACGCUCGGGGGGGAGCGUGUGGUUCCUGAGGGUGAGUGCCACACUCGGCUGCUGGCCAGCCCCGCCGUCACCCUGGCCACGACGCUGCCCUCCUUCUACCUGCCAGCGCUGGUCAUGAUUGGCCUGUACGGCCGGCUGAGCGCGGCCAGCCGAGGCCGGCUGAGUGCAUCGAGUCCGUCUGGUCAAGACUUCCUCCUAAAGCGGCGCAGCCUGGUAACCAGCGACCCGGGCUCCGACGCCUCUCUUGGCCAGUCGGGGUCCCAAAUCCUAAAGUCCAGGAAGAGACAGAAGGCGUCCGGAGGUGGAGGCAACGCCGCAGGACCUCAGCCACGUGGCGCUCGGGCCGCCGCUCGCCACGCUGCUUACGAGAACUACGACAAGGUGGACACAGACUCAUCGUCCAACGCCGACCUCCACCGGAAGGCGUCGGCAACGUUCUCCUCCUGCCCCAGCUUCAGGUCUCAGGAAAGACGCAGACGUCGGGUGAUGGCGAGGGAGAGGAGGGUCACCAAAACCAUCCUGGCCAUCGUGCUGGCCUUCAUCUUCACCUGGACGCCGUACAACGUCAUGGCCGUCGUGGCGACCUUCUGUCACGCGUGCGUCCCGGGCGCCCUGUGGACCACGGGCUACUGGCUCUGCUACGUCAACAGCGCCAUCAACCCCGGCUGCUAUGCCCUCUGUAACGUUGCCUUCAGGAAGACUUUCUGCAGCCUCCUGCGCUGCCGCCACAGGAGGCUGCGAUGACACAUAAUUAUGACAAAUACUACAUUACCCAUGAGCUUCGGCUAAAAGGUUGGUUUAUCCAAUCGACUGGACUCUGAACUGACCAGGGCCCGGUCCAUCGUACGUGGUCCAACUAAGUCGAUCAAAGGUCCCGUUAGCCAGCUCAAAUUAACCCGAUGAUUGAAGUUGGGCCAUCUCGGUUCCUUAAAGACCGAUCAGUCUCGUUAGUUUGAGCCAGACUUCAGUCAUCAGGAUAAUUGGGCGUGCAUGUCCUGCUUCUAAAGGUUGAAAAGUCGAACACCAAAACCAUGAUUAUCUAACAGCACAACAGCAAAUAAAGUUAAAAAAAGACAAGCAGGAGAUGAUGAUGAAUAUGUUUCAUGUAUAUGAAGAUUAUUUUGUUGUAUGAAUUGAAUGUAGUGCACAUCUUUCACGUUGUUCAUUCUGUCCACAUGACAUCCAUCACAGUCUGUCCAUCCUGGGGGGGAAUCCUACAACGUUUUCACUGAGGUUUUUCCUUUAUUCUCCCCAUUGAAGGGUUUUUCAUUUUUUGGAGAGUUUUCCUGUGCCGAUGGGAGCGUUUCGGGACAUCGAGGACACAGGAUGACAGUGUGCAGACUGUAAAGCCCCCUGAGGCUAAAUUGUCAUUUGGGGCUAUACAAAAUAAAAUUAAUUGAAUUGAAUCAAAUAAUCAUGGCAAAAACUGAUACCAACCCCCUGUGAGGCUACAGGCUGGCAAAGUAUUGCAGAAAAGUGUUUAAAUGUAUAGACUCAUUUUAAGUGCCUCAUCACUCCAAUCAAUCAGAUUAUAUUUCUUUAAAUGUGCCUGCUGGCAGGAGGAUUCAUGGAAUGCAUCAUCACCAAAUGAGAAUAAUCAUCUCAUUGAUCUCAGGGUCUGAAUACUUAUGACCAUGUGAUAUUUCCGUUUUUCUUUUUUAAUAAAUUCGCAAAAAUUUCUGUGUACAUUUACAGUGUACAUUAAUGAGUAAAAUGAACUUUUUUGUUUUAGCAAAUGGCUGCAAUUUAAAGGGGUCCGUACCCACUGUAUGUACCAUAUGCGCUUAAGUAUCAUAUGCAUGUAUAUAUAUGUAUGUGUAGAUGACCAUAUAGAACUAGGAGUUGUAUUAUGUGUGUGUGUGUGUGAAUCUGUAUGAGCAAAUCACUAUGUAUUCAGAAGUUUGUCUUCUGCAAGACAGUAAAUGCUUGGCUGCAGCAUGUGGUGUUCAUCAUGUACGGCUCAAGUAAAUAAAAAUAAAUAGAUGAUUCCUUGGU